ACCUGUGUCAGGUAGCAAAAAGUAGGAUGCUAUCCUCUUGUCGAAUAGGUUUAACCAAGCUUGUCUGUGAAAGCACAAAGUUGACGUCAAUGACACUACGAGCCAUGUCUUCGACAUCAUUUACAACCCUGAAUGUGACACGGCCACAGGAGUUUGUGGUUCAUGUGGAAAUGAACAGGCCAGAAAAACGCAACGCCAUGAAUGCCGCCUUUUUCAGAGAAAUACAAGAAUGUUUUCAAAAUCUGACCAAUGACAGUGACUGCAGAGCUGUUGUGCUUUCUGGAGCCGGGAAACUAUUCACCGCAGGCCUGGACCUGACCGAUCUGGGCACAGUGAUUGCUCUCAAGGAGGAUGCCGAAUUGGACGUGGCCAGGAAGGCCUUCAAACUCAGAAAAUUCCUUACAGACUGGCAGGAGAGCUUCUCCGCCAUUGAAAAGUGUAGAAUGCCGGUGAUUGCAGCAGUGCAUGGGGCGUGUGUCGGAGGUGGGGUGGACCUGACAUCAGCCUGUGACAUCCGCUACUGCUCACAGGAUGCCUGGUUCCAAAUAAAGGAAAUAGAUCUUGGUUUGGCAGCUGACUUGGGUACCCUGCAGAGGUUUCCAAAAGUGAUAGGGAAUGAUAGCUAUGCCCGGGAGCUGGCUUAUACUGCUCGCAAAUUCUACGCAGAUGAGGCUAAAGCAAUGGGAUUUGUCAGUCGUGUGUGCACUGACCAUGGUUCUGUGUUGGAGGCGGCCCUGGACACAGCAAAACUGAUAGCCAGCAAGAGCCCCGUGGCAGUGCAGGGGACUAAGGCUAGCAUGGUCUUCUCAAGGGACCACACUGUGCAGCAGGGACUAGAACAUAUUGGUGUGUGGAACCAGGCGAUGUUACAGAGCCAAGACAUGAUGGAGGCAGUAGGCGCAGCCAUGCAGAAAAAACACCCAAAAUUCUCAAAAUUGUGACCCUUAAACUUGACAGUGUUGAUUUAGCCUCUGUGAUAAGUGAGACCAAUUUAUGGAAACAAAUAAUAAUACAAGGAUGAUGGUGAAGCUCUCUGCUUACAUGAUCAACCUUCAAAGAUUCACAGAAGUCUUAAAUAAGAAAACAUACACUGAACAAUUUCUCCAAUUGGUUAUUUUUAUUAUUUUAUGAAAUAAAAAUUACGAAAAUAAUUACUAGUAUGUGGCAUUUAAAUUCACUCAGGUUAUUGGAAUCUUCUAAAGUAAAGAUCAGUAGGAUUACGGUACUCAUACCAUGUGUAAAUAUGUUUGUGUAUAUUUACCAUUAAAUUACAUUUGUUUAAUGUGUUAUAAUAAUAUUGAUAAAUAAUUUUCAAUUAAAUAUGAACUCCU